CGCAUCAACUUUGAACGCAACUGACAGCUAUGCGCAAUCCGCGGGUUGCCACCUUGCAGAAAGAUCGACGCGCAGCAUUUUUCCAUGUGGAGUCGAGAAUUAUUCAGAGCCGGCCUGCUUCUCUUUCUUUAACAAUUCACGUUUUAUCGAACAUUAAAAUUCUUGUUCCAAGUUAAUUGCAGCUAAGCAAAUUUAAGUUAUAUAUUUAAUCAAUUUGAGCGACAGUCGCUCUGGUCCCGCGUUUUUUGACAGUUGAAAUAGCCAAAAUCGAAAUAGCAACACAGCAUCAGCAACGCGCAGACAAAGGGAAACAGACACGCAUAGUGACUGCUCGGUAUUGUCUAUAUUUACACAUACAUACACACCAUAGAAAGCUAAGCGAUUACGAAAAAUUUCCACACAUUCGCGCCCUAACAGCUACGGCAUUUACACGAAAUCGAAAGUAAGAGCGCAAAAAUGACUUCAGACAUAACACGCCAACUAAUUGUUAUCUUGGAGAAGACGGUCUCACCAGACAAAAAUGAACUGCUCUCGGCAAAGAACUUCCUGGAACAGGCUGCCGCCAGCAACCUCCCGGAAUUUCUCAAAGCACUGUCUAAAAUCCUUGUGGAUACAUCAAACAGCGCCGUGGCGCGCAUGGCAGCUGGCCUUCAAUUAAAAAAUCACUUGACGAGCAAGGACGAGAAGAUCAGUCAACAGUAUCAGGAGCGCUGGCAUCAGUUUCCCGAGGAAACGCGAGAGCUAAUCAAAAACAAUAUACUUGUCGCCUUAGGCACUGAGAAUACGCGACCGUCUUGCGCAGCACAAUGCGUUGCUUAUGUGGCUGUUAUUGAGUUGCCCAUCAAUCGCUGGGGCAUACUCAUACAGACGCUCGUCAACAAAGUCGUUCAUGAGGGCUCCAGCGAAAUGCACCGAGAGGCUGCACUUGAGGCAAUCGGUUACAUUUGCCAGGAUAUCCAAUAUGGCGUACUUGAAAACCAGUCCAAUCAGGUACUUACGGCCAUCAUACAUGGAAUGCGUAAGCAGGAGCCUAGCAAUCAUGUCAGAUUGGCUGCAACGACGGCGCUACACAACUCUCUCGAGUUUACCAAGGCAAAUUUUGAGAAGGACAUGGAACGAAACUUCAUCAUGGAGGUGGUGUGUGAGGCCACGCAGUGCACAGACACACAGAUUUGUGUUGCUGCCUUGCAGUGCUUAGUAAAGAUCAUGUCACUGUACUACCAAUUUAUGGAGCCCUACAUGGCUCAGGCACUAUUCCCAAUAACCUUGGAGGCCAUGAAGUCGGACAAUGAUGCAAUCGCUCUCCAGGGAAUUGAAUUCUGGUCAAAUGUGAGCGAUGAGGAAAUCGAUCUUGCCAUCGAGAGCCAAGAGGCCACCGACCAGGGUCGUGCACCACCGCGUGUCUCUAAGCAUUAUGCACGAGGAGCUCUCCAGUUCUUAACGCCGGUCCUAGUUGAGAAGCUCACCAAUCAAGACGAAUGCGACGAUGAAGACUCCUGGAGUCCGGCCAAAGCUUCCUCAGUUUGUCUGAUGCUGUUAGCCACCUGCUGCGAGGAUGAAAUUGUACCGCAUGUCUUGCCGUUCAUUAAGGAUAACAUCGAAUCGCCCAACUGGCGCUAUCGCGAUGCUGCAGUCAUGACUUUUGGCUCAGUACUCAAUGGAUUGGAAAUUAACACGCUGAAACCACUUGUUGAGCAGGCGAUGCCCACUUUGAUACGCCUAAUGUACGAUUCAAGCGUCAUAGUUCGCGACACCACGGCCUGGACUUUUGGCCGUAUAUGCGACAUUAUUCCAGAAGCAGCCAUCAACAAAACAUAUUUACAAACUUUGCUCGAGUGCUUCGUCAAGAGUCUUAAGUCGGAGCCGCGCGUGGCCGCUAAUGUGUGCUGGGCUUUUAUAGGGUUGUCGGAUGCCGCCUACGAAGCUGCCGUCACCAAUGAAGGCGACACACCUGAAUCGUAUGCACUGUCGCCUUACUUUGAGUUUAUUAUCACACAGCUGUUGGAAGCCACCGAUCGGUCAGAUGGUGCUCAGGCCAAUUUGCGUAGUGCUGCCUACGAGGCCUUAAUGAACAUGAUUAAGAAUUCACCUCUGGAUUGCUACCUGGUCGUGCAGCACACCACCAUUGUCAUCUUGGAACGUCUAAACCAGGUUAUGCAGAUGGAGAAUCACAUCAGCAACCACAGUGAUCGCCGUCACUUUAAUGACCUGCAGUCUCUGCUCUGUGCUACGCUCCAGAGUGUGCUGCGAAAGGUGCGCGAGGAGGAUGCUCCACAGAUUUCAGACGCCAUUAUGACCGCACUCCUCACCAUGUUUAGUUCAAGCGCAGGAAAGUCAGGUGGUGUUCAAGAGGAUGCCUUCUUGGCUGUAUCCACGCUGGUCGAGCUACUGGGCUUCCAAUUUGUCAAAUACAUGCCAGCCUUCAAAGAUUUCCUAAUAAUGGGACUCAAAAAUCAUCAAGAAUACCAGGUUUGCUGUGCUUCCGUUGGACUAACUGGUGACAUUUGUCGCGCCCUAAAGCAUCUGAUGGUGCCUUACUGCGAUGAAAUAAUGUCCGUAUUAAUGAACGAUCUGUCCGAGCCGAACCUUCAUCGCAGUGUAAAGCCGCAAAUUCUGUCCGCUUUUGGCGAUAUGGCGCUGAGCAUUGGGAGCGAGUUUCUCAAGUAUUUGAAUGUAGUUUUGGAUAUGUUACGGGCAGCUUCCAAUUUGCAGGUGGAUUCCUCCAACUCUGAUAUGAGCGAAUACAUUAAUGAACUACGGGAGAGUGUCCUAGAGGCCUACACCGGUAUCAUUCAAGGUCUUAAGGGAGUUGAGCAAACGGCCAAUCCGGAUGUAUUUCACAUGGAGCCUCAUCUGGUGCACAUUAUUGGCUUUAUAAAGCGCAUUGCACAAGAGGGUGAAGUCUCGGACUUGAUGAUGGCAAGUGUAGCCGGCUUCAUUGGGGAUUUAUGCACCUCUUUCGGUCCACGUCUCUAUCCUUUGCUGGAUGAUGUGAUCAUCACUCAGUUCCUGGCUGAAGGCAAGCGUUCGAAGGGCCAACGUACCAAAUUGUUAUGUACAUGGGCGGUCAAGGAGAUCAAGAAGAUUAACAGUCAGGUUAUAGCCCAGUAAUUUGGUCUCUUAGUUGUUAAUGUGUUCCCACCCCCAAUGUAUGUACGCAGCCAAACUGUUGCAGUGUGAAUCUGAGGUAUGUGGAUGUCUGAACUGAAACUAUAUAUGGUUUGUGAUUGAAGUGCUAUAUAGGAGAGAACCCACUCCUUAUAUGUAUGAAACUUCAAAUGCGCGCGUGUGUGGCGUGUUGUGUGAUAUUACUAAAUUAUUACUACCUUCAAAUGUAACUACGGAUGGCGGAUGAUUUGUUAAUGUAACUCUGCCGCUUCAAUCCCCGGAUUAAACAACGUGUAUGAGAACUAUGUUUGAGAGCUAACGCCCCAAUGGAACUUGGAGGUUUAUUGGAUACUAUGUGAACACGUAAUUUUUGAUGAUUGAUGAACUUGUGCGCUAGUGUGAUGAUAAUGAUGAUGAUUAAUUAUGACAAUUGAUGUAUUGUAAAUUUAAGCGUGUCUGAAAGUGAUGCAGAGAAAUUUUCUGAAUGAAACAUUACGAAUCCCUUGAGAGCUGAUCUUGCACAAAUUUUACACAUAUAGAUAAAUAUUGUAAACGAAGUCUGCUACUUAUGCAUAUGUAUUCCUGUGUGCGAUACUUUGACUGAUAUAUUGUGUGUAUGUGAGCUUGUGUGUGUGUGUGAGUGGGUGUCUGUUAAUAUCAUUCCAGGUUCACAAAAUGAAUUAAAAACUUAAAAUUGUAAUGAAAUGGUUGUCGGUCUGAUUUUGUUAUUACACUAUUUAGCAUAACUUCAAUAUAAUAUAUAAGUUAUGCUUAAUAAACAAUCGGUUGACACAAGAGCAUUAGGGACACUCCUUAACGUGUUCAGUGCAUUUAACCGGAAGCUUGAUGUGAGUGUAGGGUGUCUUUCAUUGAGUGAUUGCAUAUGUACGUAUGUAUGACCAUGUAUAUUAUAGAUGUGUGGAUGUGUGUGCGUGUGUGUGAAUCAUUGAGUAAAGCACCACGCGCAGCGCAGAGCAAUGUAAAAAAAUUGUAUUUUGCAAUGGAAAGCAAAACGGUUGCUAGUGUUAAAAGUUUAGAUGAAAACGAAAAAUGACAUUGAUUGAGAUAAAAACAAAUUGAAAACGAAACAUAUGGUACUGAUUUUAUACUGAGAACUGAGACUUUCUACUUAUACAAUACAUACAUAAAUACUUACAACUACAUAAGGACUAUCAUUAAUUACUUUACGCGGGACGUACGAUACAAACUAAACAAACGGCAAAAUAGUCAAAUUUACGCAACACCAACAUAUUAAUAAAAAAAAUGUAUGUAUGCCAAUUGUGUGUACACAUAUAAUGAAUGUACGCAUAUGUAUAUGCAGCAAAAAGGUUACGCUGACGCGCGGUGCUUUAGAAAAUCAAAUUAUGAGUAAAAAAAACUAGUGUGUAUCUCUUUUUAUUUAAUUUACUAGAAGCGUGUACGAGUUAUUUGGCAUGCGUGAAGAGUGUGCGUAAUGAAUGCAAUCCGAAAAUAAACUACUCGUGUUCCGUUCAAGUUGUUCUUUAAUCAAAUGGUUUGCAAAGCCAUACUCUGAUUUUUCGAACAGCGUAGAUGAGAAACUAUUUUGUUAAGGUUGCACCUAAUGUAGGGUUACUCAUCCGCUUUAACGAAAAGUUUGUAUAAAAUGCGGCUUAAAAAUAAGCAAUGUAUGACUGAUAGUUUGUACGUGAUGAAAUAAGAAAUGUAAUUGUGUUUGUGUGCAAGGAAAAAAUAAAAGUAUUUUGAAUGCAAGAAAACAAA